AUGGGCAAGGGGACCGAGUGGCAGCGAAACAAAGUCCGAGUGUUCCAGCUGUGGCUCUCCCAGGUGUUGCAGUUUCCUUGGCUUCACUACAACAUGCCACAACGGUGUGUCUUUGAAGUCAUCAUGGUGACGAACGAGUGCGCUCCGAACACGUUUGCACCUGUCGGAGGCAGUAGAUUGCAAGAGGCCCACUUGGCGCUGGCUGGUUACUCUCAAAUUCUGUUCCUUCAUCAGCCGACGUGGAACUCACUUCGAUCUGAGGAGUGCCGAGUACGGUUCGUCGCGAUUCUCCUACAGCGACUCUGUCGUGGACUACACCUGGCGGUAGAUGGCACGGCAUUUGAGAGGGCCACGGCAGAAGCGCAGGAUACGCGCAAUGUGGUUGCAGCAGACAAAAAAUUGGCCUCCUCUGAUGAUGGGAAGAUCUGCUCAUAG